AAUAUUAUUUACUGCAAGUUGUUCUGCAAUGGCUAGACGUGAUCGUUCGGAAAUUAUUACAUUUCCUUUAGAUUUGCUACCAAGCUUUGCCGCUGUGGUUUAUUUCACUGGUGGAUGCUUCAGGUUUUCCAACGAUGGUGAAUCUAUUAGAUCAUUUACGUCACAUCGUCAUGGAAACUUCUUAACUAUGUUUGCAACAAGCUGUGUUUGUUUGCAACCAAGCCUCUCGUUGCUUCAAUCGCCCACCAAAGGCCGCCUGUAAGAGUUGGGACUGGAUCUUAUAUUCACCUGGGAGUUGCAUUGACAUUGAUGACUUUGGAUCUUUUUCAGGCGGGGCCUGAAGAUGGAGACAAAAAGUUGGCGUAACUCAGCGGGACAGGCAACAUCUCUGGAGAAAAGGAAUGGGUGACGUUUCGGGUCGAGACCCUUGUUCAGACUGAGAGUCUGGGAGAGGGAAACGAGAGAUAUAGACGGUGAUAUAGAGAUACAGAGAGAUAUGGGAUGAAAGAUAAGCAGAAAAGUAACGAUGAUAAAGGAACCAGGCAAUUGUCAGCUGUGGGCUAGGUGAAAGCGAGUUUCAGACAAUGAGACUCAACAAGACGACAUUGAAGCUGGCACAAAGGCGGGUGGGAGAGAUGGAUGAGAGGGGAUGUAAGGGUUACUUGAAGUCAGCCUGAUCCGCCGUCCAACGUAAAUGUUUCCACUUGGUUGCUUCCUUUAGAUCGGCGGACACCAGGUGGCAAAGGAGUCCACAUGGAGAACCAUAGACACGGUAACACACUCGGCUGUCCACACCUUGUCCAGGGUGGCUCCACCCCAAAGGGGAAGGUCGACGGCUGUGAUUUGGACAAGGCAUGAACGGUCUCCACUGAUGCCGGCCAAGAAGGUCAGGGAUUGUGUGGCAGUCGGGGACAAGGACUUGUCCUGCGCCGAGCGCCGACUGUCCCGGGGUGACGUGGUGUUCUCUCACAAGGACAUGCUGGCAACUGUGGGCAAUGUUGGCGCCCAGACAGCCCCAAGUCCAGGCUACCACCAGCAAGCCGCGCCGUCCCGGGCUCCAGAACAGAGGGACAAGUGGGGCAAAAAGAUGGACUUCUUGUUGUCAGUCAUUGGCUUCGCCGUGGAUUUGGGCAAUGUCUGGAGAUUUCCUUACAUUUGUUAUCAAAACGGAGGCGGUGCAUUUCUCAUUCCCUACGCCUUAAUGGCAAUUUUUGGCGGAAUUCCUUUGUUCUACAUGGAAUUGGCCUUGGGACAGUAUCAGAGGACAGGAGUCAUUCCUGUUUGGAAGAGGAUAUGCCCAAUAUUUAAAGGGAUUGGAUAUACAAUCUGUAUCAUUUCUCUCUACGUCUCCUUCUACUACAACACCAUCAUAUCAUGGGCGCUCUACUACUUCUACUGUUCCUUCACGGCCACUUUGCCGUGGACGAAUUGUGACAAUUCUUGGAACACACCCAACUGUAUCAACUACUUUGGCAAGAAUAAUGUCUCCUGGAAUAACUUCUCCAAGUCUCCAGCUGAAGAGUUUUUCAUACGGAACGUUUUGGAGAUUCAUGAAUCCCAGGGGCUUCAUCACGUGGGCGCGAUCCGUUGGCAGCUUCUGUUGUGUCUCUUUGUCAUUUUUACCAUUGUUUACUUCAGCCUCUGGAAGGGAGUUAAAACAUCUGGAAAGAUAGUCUGGGUGACUGCCACACUACCCUAUCUGGUGCUUUUUAUCCUUUUGAUACGAGGAGCCACAUUACCAGGAGCCUGGCGAGGUGUUGUAUUUUACCUCAAACCAAAGUGGAAGAAACUGCUGGAUACAAGUGUCUGGGUAGAUGCAGCAACACAGAUUUUCUUCUCCAUGGGACCUGGAUUUGGAGUCAUCAUGGCUUUAGCAAGUUACAACCAGUUCAACAAUAACUGUUACCGGGAUGCAAUUGUCACCAGCGUGGUGAACUGUCUGACGAGCUUUCUAUCAGGAUUUGUCAUUUUCACGGUGUUGGGCUACAUGGCGGAGAUGCGCAACGUUGAGGUGGAGGAUGUGGCAAAAGACAAAGGUUCUGGCCUCCUGUUUAUAACAUAUCCCGAAGCCAUUGCUAACAUGGAUGGAUCUCCCUUCUGGGCGAUUCUCUUCUUUCUCAUGGUGAUAACUCUGGGCUUGGACAGCACGUACGGAGGUCUGGAGUCGAUAAUCACAGCCGUAAUAGAUGAGUAUCCUCAUCUCUUCGCUAAAAGGAGGGAGCUGUUUGUUUUGGGACUGAUUAUCGUGUGCUUUUUGGGCUCUCUCAGCACUCUAACCAAUGGAGGAGCCUAUGUGGUCAAAUUAAUGGAAGAUUUUGGAUCUGGAUCCUGCCUUAUUGCUGUGGUAUUAUUAGAAUCUAUAGCCGUGUCUUGGUUUUAUGGGGUCCAGCAAUUCUGCGACGACAUCAGGACAAUGUUGGGCUUCUCACCGGGGCUGUUUUGGAGGAUUUGUUGGGUGGGCAUUAGCCCCGCCUUUCUGGCCUUCAUUACAGUGAGCUCCAUUGUGUACCAGCCCCCUCUCAGUCUCUUUGGCUAUGAUUAUCCAGACUGGACCAUAACAGCAGGAUAUUUGAUCGGAGCUUCGUCCUUUAUGUGGAUCCCAAUAUACAUGGUGUAUAAACUGUUAUGGACACCAGGAUCUCUUAAACAGCGUCUGGCAAUCUGUCUUCGCCCAGAGAAACCAAUCAAAGACGAGAAGCCUGACUCCCUCUGCAUGAAUGCCAUCCCGUAAUUCCUUGUACAAAUCACAUUUCAAAACUAAACUUUAUUUAUUUGUAUGGAAUUUUAAAACAAAGUCCCAUUGCAGAAAUGUGUAGGAAGGAACUGCAGAUGCCGGUUUACACCAAAGAUAAACACAAAAAGCUGGAGUAACUCAGCAGGUCAGGCUUCAUCUCUGGAGAAAAGGAAUAGGUGGCGUUUCGGGCUGAGCCUGAAGAAGGGUCCCGACCCGAAACGUCACCUAUGCCUUUUCUCCAGGGCUGCUGCCUGACCCGCUGAGUUACUCCAAUAUCUUCCAGGUGGGAUCUGGAAAAUGGAUUAGCUUCUGUUGAUAAUGUGAAUCAAAAAUGUGAACAGGAUCAAGGAAAUCUGAGGAUGGUUCAGAAAAGACCUGAAUACGGGUGCUGUCCGUAUGGAGUUCUACCUGUGACCAUGUGGGAUUUUUCCGGGUGCUCUGGUUUCCUCCCACACUCCAACGACAUACAGGUUUAUAGGUUGUUUAAGAAGGAACUGCAGAAAAUCAAAGGUACCCAAAAAGGCUGGAGAAACUCAGCGGGUGCAGCAGCAUCUAUGGA